GCUCCCCAUUGCUCAUGUGCAGGCAAGCCGAUGAAACGGUGGAAGGGCAGAAGAACAGGGCUGUUGCUGCCAUUGGCCCUCCUGUUGUUCUGGGCACAUAGCUCACUGGCAUGGAUAUGUGGCCAGGAAAUGCAGGACAGAUCUCAACAACAGAACAAUGUUUCUGCUAUAAUGGGAGGGAAACCUGCAAACAUCUCCAAGUUCCCGUGGCACGUGGGGAUUAUGAAUCAUGGUUAUCAUCUCUGUGGGGGAUCUAUACUCAAUGAGUGGUGGGUUCUAUCUGCAUCCCAUUGCUUCGAACAAAUAAACAAGUCUAACUUGGAGAUCAUUUAUGGCAGAGAUGACCUCAGCACAAAGAACAUGACGUAUCAGAAAGUGGACAAGUUAAUCGUGCACCCAAAGUUUGAUGACUGGCUCCUGGACAAUGACAUAGCUUUGCUCUUGCUCAAAUCCCCAUUAAACUUGAGUAUCAACAAGAUACCUAUCUGCGUUUCAGAACUCUCCGACCUACGGUCAUGGAAGAACUGCUGGGUGACAGGAUGGGGCGUUACUAAUGUUAGUGGAAUAAAAAUCCAACCUGAAAAGCUGCAGAAAGUCCAAGUGGAUCUGUACAGAUGGGACUGGUGUAGCUAUCUUUUGCCUGUAUUAACCAAGAAUAUGCUGUGUGCUGGGACUCAAGAUGCUGGGAAGGAUGCCUGCCAGGGUGACAGUGGAGGAGCUCUAGUUUGCAACAAAAAGAGAAACAUAGCCACUUGGUACCAGGUGGGCAUCGUCAGCUGGGGCAUAGGCUGUGGCAAGAAGAAUCUGCCAGGAGUAUACACCAAGGUGUCACAUUACCUGAAUUGGAUUAUCAAUCAGACUGCAAAGGCAGGAAAACCUUAUAUGUAUGAGCAGAACUCUGCAUGCCCUUUGGUGCUCUCUUGCUGGGCUAUCUUGUUCCUAUAUUUUGUAAUGUUUCUUCUAACCUGGUGAUUAAACAUGAUACUG